GACUUUCUUUAGGGGGGAGGCUGUAUGCGACGCGGUCUUUGCCUCAGUUGUGAAGACGCGCGCGCCCGCGCAAGUGUUGUGACAGUUGACAUUGACAGUUCCAUUUUUUUCCCCCCAACCGCUGAUAGUGUUCGGAUACCAUGAGGCUCAGUUUUUGGGUCACAGCAUUUGCUGUGCUCAGCACAACAUACGCCAAGAACUCGACAACGAAAACGAAACCGAAACGACAGUUAGACAACAUAAGGACACCUCAGAAUCUUCAAUACUCACUCGUGCUGCCUCAUUCUAGAGUCGCACAUUUUCGCUCCAUUAGCAGCAAUCGAAGAAUCUCAAAUGUUGCUCCAAGAGCAGGAAAAUUACCCCCAUACGCUGUACAAAUGGAACCCGUAGUGCAGUACUCCCAAAAAGAUCCACUAUACGAUCCAAGCCAUGACAAUCUAGUAGAUGCCGUGAACCAAAACGAAAUUUACGCUCAACCUAAAAUACUCAAUAUUCACGAUGAUGGACCUGACGGAUCCUACGGACCUCCUUACGGAGCACUACCCACUGCUCCACUAUACAGUGGAGACUCACACCCUCACUAUAUUGAAGCUCCUGAACCUAUAAUAGAAAUUAUUAUCAAAGAAUCAAAUGAAUCUCUACCAGCCCCGCCUCCACCUCCAGUACUCAAAAAGAAAAAGGAACCAGUGCACGUUUUCUAUGUAAAAUACAGUAAGGACCCCCACUCAAAAGACAAAGUAGUCUACGAAAAACCUGUACCAGCUAUCACACCGCCAUCUAACGAGGACGAGGAUCAUCAUGAAGAUUAUGUGACAGUUACUCCACAACCUCAUUACAUACCCCAACAAACGACUACGUUGAGAGCUAUUAUUAAACCAGAGUCUGAAAUCUAUCAUAGUAACAGCAAUGUUAAAAUAACAUUUGGAAACGAUGACCAUCAUUAUAGUCACAGACGAGAAGAGCAUCAUCACGGCGAAGAUAGAGAGGAGACAGCUCCUAGACCAGCAAUUGCGUUACCUAAUUCACAGCCAACUGAAGUACAAACAGGAAGAUCAGCGUCACCUAAAACACAAUACGAACAAGAAACAAAACAUUUUAGUCAGUCUAGUCAGCAAGUAUAUAAUCAGCAACCUGUACAACAAGCACAAAGUCGCAUACAAUUUCAACAACAGCCACAACUUAAUCAUGAACCUCAAUUACCUAGACAAGGGCCAUCGGUUACACCUUUUAGAGCGCAAGCACCACGUCAACCGUUAGGUCCUACUAUAUCCCUAAGACCUACGUUUUCAAACGUGUCUCCUAAUCCUAGCCAACAUUUUGCUAAUGUAGCUCCAACAAUCCCUGGACCAAUUGGACCAAUUUUCUCAUCGUUCCCACGACCAAAUAACCCUCCUUCAUUCCACUCUCGCCAAAAUAAUCCACCAUCAUUUGGUCCUAGGCCACAUUUCAAUGGUCCACCUAGAGUUAGUUUUCAUCCAGGGCCACAAAGGCCUCAACAACAAUAUUUCGACGAAGCAAAAUACUUGCAAGAAAAUUAUCACACAAUAACAACUGAUCAAGUAGAUCCUCCAAAACAACAAUUGUUGCCUAACAGACAAAUUCAAAAUUUCAACCUUAAUUCUAAACCCAAUCCAAGCCCUUCUCCAGCUCAUUUCUCUGAGCUUAGCCGACCUCAGCAAAUAAUUCCUUUUAACCAACAAUUACCUCAACAAAGACCACCACAAGUCUUUGAUAACAAUAAAAAUAAACCAUCAUUUUCAAUUGCCCCGAGCAGGUCUCCAUUCUUUAACUUGAAACCAUCUCCACCGCAUAUUGAAGAUAACCGCCCUCCUUUUCAACGCCAGCCUCUUCCAAACCCCACUCAACAACAUGUCAGUUUCCACCAAGGUCCUCAGGCACAGCUAAGACCUUCAGUUCAACUCUCUGCACAGGAUACUCCUUCCCAAAACAUAUAUUUAACAUCUCCUUCGUCUACACCAUCUCCAAUUUCUCAUAAUCAGUUUCUUCCACAGCCUUCCUCCACGCCAUUAUUUAGCUUCCAACCAUCACCUAAUUCGAAUGAUCCUCAGAACUUCCAUCCGCAGAUCUUAUCCACUGGUAGACCACAAUACAAUCCAUCAGAAAGACCUCAGAGUAACAACCAAGAAUUAUCUAAUCUUGACCAUCAACAAAAUGUUCAACAAUUUGUACCCAAUGGUGGGGAAUUAGUAGCCUCCAUACCACGAUAUGAACAGCAUAUAACGGUAAAUGGACCAAAUGAACAACCCAGUUAUAAUAGUGGUUUGAAUAUUAUAAGCCAACCAACACCGACGGCAAGUGCGGUAGAACAACAAGCACUGCCGCAAUAUAUAGAUGCUGAACAAGAACAAGUUAGGCAACAGUUAGCACAAAAUGUAAGAAAACAACAAGAGGAAAUCCAACGCUUGCAACAACAACUACAAUUAGCUCAUCAACAGCAACAGCAGCAUCAGCAUCAGCAGCAGCAGCAACAACAACAUCAGCAGCAGCAACAACAACAUCAGCAGCAGCAGCAACAACAACAGCAACAACAGCAGCAACAGCUACACCAGCAACAGCAACAAGACGAAUACCAACAAAGAUUGAAUCAAUAUAAUCAACAUCAAGCUGCAGCAAAUAAUCAGUAUGUACAAGAAAGAACUAGAUUGCAAACAGCGCAGAAUUAUGUAACCAGCUCGACGCCUACAGAAUACUACCAAUCUACUUCUAGGACAGUAGAAAUUAAACCUACGACUCAAAAAUAUGUAUCAUCUACAGUAAACUCCGUCAGUAAUAGUCCUGAACCUCAGAAAGAGCAGAAAAAGAAGCCCACUUUUGAGCUGCCCGAUGAAGUUCCCGAUGACUUACGACAACAGCUACUCUCUUCUGGUAUUCUUGACAACGCUGAUAUAAGCGUCCUUGAUUACGACAAAGUGGGCGAAACUCCUCUCGAAUCAUUACCUCCAGACCAGUUGGCAAACUUUUUCAGUGCUGGGGGCGGUCAACAAAUAGCUGCCAGUGAGAACAGACCUAUAAUCGUCAAACCUAGUGGUGAUAAAAUAGAAUCUAGAAUAGACGAAAAUAUCGACGAAGAUGACCAAGAAAUCGCUGCAUCGGAGAAUUUGCCAAGCAUUGUAGCACCUCCUCAAACUCAGGCUGUAGAAAUGAAAGUUGUGCAUUUUGACCCAAAAACUGCUGAAGGUCAACAAAUUGCUAACGAUUACGUAAAAGAAGAUGCCACACAAGUUGACCCUGUGGCUUUGAAUGAUAAAAAAUAUAACAGAUACCUACCUCUCAAAGUCAGAGGAAAUCAAUUUCCCUUACCUGACGUACUAAAAGGCAGAAAAAUAACAUCUGUUGUGGUCUUAGCUCCAGUUCAAACGGAAACUUUGGAAGGUGAACACCCAAGAGCUGAACGUUCGGCAUCUGAUAGUUUAAGAGGUAUUAAAUUUGUUGCCGGCGAAACUCUUAAUACUCUUUUGAAGAUGCCAACAAAAGACAACUUUGAAAAAUGGCUCGAUAUGGAAAAGAAAACAGCAACCGAUGAACAAUCUGUCAUUCUUUUGGUCACUGGAAAUGAAGAGAAACCAGAAGAAAGAGAAAUUUUCAUGUACGACAUCGCAACAGGCAACGUAAGCAAGCUCAAUGGGGAUUUAUCUAACGCAUUCGUUGAAGCAGCAGAAAAUAAUUCGCUAAGCAAAGACAUUGAAGCACUAGCAAUCGAAGGGGAAGGCACACCAGAAAACUUUAACAAGGAUGAUGUCAUCUCAGAGGGAUCAGACAAUGUGCCAUUAUUUGUAGAUCUAUCUGGAGCUAAAUUAGAUAAAGAAAACAAUAAGGGAGUAUUAAUAUCAUCAGGGUAUAGUAAAACAAAGCGGGGUAGAUCCUUUAGAAGACAUUGACAUACCGCCUUUGGCUCUUUAACAUUGUAAAUAGUUUAGCUGUAGUAUUACUAAAUUAAAAAGGACUUGAUGUUGUAUAUUUAGUUGUUAAUAAUUAUGAUGAAAGUGAUGAUCGGGUUGUAAAAUAUAAAGAAUUUAAUAUAAGA